UUGUUAACUUUUUACAAUCCUCUGCCUCAAUAGCACUGCGCUGAACACAUUCCCAGUGUGGAGUUCAAACGGUUAAAUCAAACUCCCACAUCUGGACAUAGUUUAAGCAGACGGAAGUGAGAGUGAACUGAAAUAUUCCUUCACAAACAGCUGUCUGCAGGAGCGAGGGACUCCAUGCUUUAUCAGCUCGACCUCAACAAUGAGUCUUCCGCUGCUUCUGACCGCUCUUGUUCUUGGUGGACUGCCAGGGUCCCACAGCACAGUGACUACAAUCGGAGAUGUAGCUGUACUGGAGGGUGGAUCCGUCACUGUCCCAUGCCACUAUAACCCGCAGUACAUCAGCAAUGUGAAGUACUGGUGCAGCGGCCGCAUGAGGGAGUUCUGCUCCAGUUUGGCCCGCACAGAUGAUCCUGAAUCUGCCCCGAAUGGGAACAGGAAGGUGACGAUCGCCGAUGACCCGACUCAGCAUGUGUUUACUGUGAACAUGCGCAACCUGACGGAGGACGAUUCGGGCUGGUACUGGUGCGGUGUGGAGCUUGGUGGGAUGUGGGUGUCAGACAGCACCGCCUCGCUUUAUAUCAGCGUCGUUCAAGGUAUGUCAGUGGUGAACGGUAUGGUGAGCGCAGAAGAAGGCAAAAGCGUCAGUGUUCAGUGUCUCUAUAGUAAAAACCUCAGGUGGAGUGAGAAGCGGUGGUGUCGCAGUGGAAACUGGAACUCCUGCCUGCUGACGGACUCUGAAGGCACAUUCAGCGGUAAAAAUGUCCACAUCCAUGAUGAUAAGAACAGCGUGUUCACAGUGACCUUACAGCGGCUGGAGAUGAGAGACUCGGGCUGGUACUGGUGCGGAGCCGGUCAACAAAACGUGGCUGUUCAUGUGUCCGUCACUAGACGAUCCCCAACACUGUCCACAGCAUCUCCAGUCCAUAAUAAGACAGCGGGGAAUCUAUCUGUAACAAGCUCAAAUGAAUCUUACAGUCGUCCAGUUUGGGAGUCUCCUCUUGUGAUGUGUGGAGUCGUUCUGCUGGUCAUGACUGCAUGUCUGGCGCUUUGGAAGUUGCAGCAACAGUGCAAGAAAAAGCACAAACCUCGAGAGACGAGUGAAAUGAGCGAUAAUCUUAAAAUUUGUCCGUGGAGAGAAGGAGACUGUAAGAACGCCUCAGUGAUUUUCUUGAACACUCCGGCUCAGCAGGUCCAGAUGCUCUAACAGAGGACUGAAAACAACGAACUCAAGGACACUGUGAUGAUGAAGGAAACUGAUGGACACUUUCAUUUUUAAAGUCUCAUUAAGAAAUCUUUUAGCGGCCUGAAGACUGGAGAAACUGGAGGUUGGGGUAUACUUUCAGAAUUAAAGGUACAAAAUCUGUCACUGGGCUGGUACCUUUUCAAAACAUACACUUGUAUACUAUUAUAAGUUGACAUUUGUAUCUUUAGGUUACAUUUAAGGUUUACUUUUGUAUGUUUAAGUUACAAUGAGGUACACAUUUGCACUUUUUAGGAAUUAAUAUAUCUUUAAAGGGGACCUAUUAUGCCCCUUUUUACAAGAUAAGUCUCUGAUGUCCCUAAGGUGUCUGUAAAGUUUUAGUUUAAAAUACCAUACAUAUAAAUAAUGGUUUAUAACUCUUUUUUUUAUAACUGCCCCUUUUAAGCUUUGAUCUUAAUUGUGCCAUUUUGUUGAUUGUUGCCUUUAAAUUCAAAUAAAAUUGUACUCUUUUUCAAAAGAGGGUGGAGCUACAGAUGCAUGUGUCAGCAUAGUGGCAGAUUCUAAAAGAUGACUAACUUCCUAUGCUAAUAAGAAAGUGAUCAUUACUAAUGGGUGGGGCUUUCCCUUCUCUGAUGACACGUACAUAGGAUGAUACAUAAAAAUACCCCCCUUUUGUCCCACUGCAGCAGUUCUGCCAGUGUGAAAUGACAACUAGAGAGGGAAACAUUGCUACUACCUAGAAAUCUAAUAUAGGAAUGCUUUCGUGUCAAAUAUACUGGAUGUAAUGUACAGUAAAUAAUAAAUGUAUACUUGUAAAUGAAU